AGAUUGUCAAUAAAUGUACAUGUGGAUUGUAAAUUAAAUACACCUAUAUUGGGUUGCAUCUAUAUAUCGUGUCGUGUAAACAUACGCAACGCAGCAGACAUUCUGCCGUCGUUGUCUUUACAACUGAAUCCACAUACUGCACAUAUAUAUAUGUACAUACAUACAUGUAUCUGUAUCGUCAGCGCAUUGAGCACUCUUUUGUUCAAACUCGAUCGAUGUUUCCCGUCAUCCGUUCUGUCCAUCUGUCAAUUGCAUUUAAAGCAAAUAUCGCCCAUAAGAAAUGGGCUAUAAUAAAGUACAUUCGUAUGUGCAUGAUAAAGUUAACCAGCAUAGUCCAGCAGCACUUUUUUUCGGCCUUAUCGUCCCUGGAAAUGCUUGACAAUAAAUUAGAUUUUGUGCAAAUUCUCCCGUCCGAUCGAUCCACUCGAUGGUGUCCGUCCGCCAUGAUGGUGCAAAUAGUGGAAAGAAAUCCGAGCACCGGACGAGAAAUAUACUAUACUAUACCUCAGGCAAAUCGCAAGUUCGUGUGAUUUAUAUCAUAACAAAAGGUGGAGAAGCGCAAGUGAAAUGCCAGAUCGAAGAUGGGAUACCCUAAUAACUAUUAUAUUCUAAAAGCAUGUUAAAGCAAGUGACAUCAAAAAGAACACCUAAUAUCUCUUAGGUUUUUAAUAGAUAAAAUGCAUUGUUACAUUAGCAAUUUGCCUCAUAACCUAAUUUUAAGAAAAUGCUAAUUUUUAGGUAAAUAAAUGC